GCGGUACGCGUUGAGUGGAGAGCCCGACUUUAAUUGGUACGUCUGCCACCUAAAGUAGUGUGCCCUGCAGUGGUUACAGGGCUCUUACAGCAGAUUACAGCGCGCAUCAGCUCAGCCACAGCAGCCACUACCGCCACAGCUGUUGUCAUUCAUCAUCCCGCCAACACUUUGGAAGCCUGCUACCCUGUUCAACUACAACACAAAGAUCACGGAAGGCGCAAUCUUUGGGAAUUUGCAGUUGCAUCAUUGAAAAUAAAAAUACAAUCAUCGUUGCCUAGAUACCACUACUCUGCAUAUUCGAUUCAAAACAGACUCACGUCUUACCCCUACUUCCUCUCUCCUGCUGCUUUCCACAACGGCUCAUCUACACCAUCAAUAUCGGGCAUCUCUCUCUGUUCCCCACCCACGUCAAACCGAUUUGUCUAAUCCAUCUUGGACCAUCACUUAAUCUUUCAUACCAACCUAUAUACAUACACAGACAACAAACUACAAAAUGUUGAUCUUUUCCAAGCAACGCAAGAGAGCAGAAGCUCUUAAAGAGCAGGUUGAUGGCAACUCGCGUGGAAGCAGCUAGAGGCUGUGGAAGACUCGAUCUCGCCAGCAGCGGGCUGUCAGUGGCCCGGUUCCCGAGACAAACCACACUGAGGCAAAGCGAUGGUUUUCAACAUUUCGUGGCCUCAAAGACGUGCCCAAGAUUGAUAUUGCUGAAGUAGGAUCAUCUGAUGACGACCAGUCAGCUGCUGAUAACCCUCUUCCUCGUGUAGGACAGACUCAUGAAGCAAUUGAAGGCAUUCGUCGUCGUGGAAGCUUAAAUGACUUCCUCCAGACUGUGAGAGCCCGCUACACGAAGGAUGGCCCUGGUAGUGAAGACAAUUACGAGCUCUGUCACCCCAUCACAGUUCGCAGGUCAUCACGGAGUGACAGAGACAGCAUGACAUCUGUCGUCGCCCCUGUUUGUCACACUCCUCCACCAAGGCUUGAUGUUUUGUGUGAGCUUCCUGCUGAUGGCCUGGUACGCACCUCCACGUUCCGAUCCAGCUUGGAAAAGGCUGUCGAUGAUAUCAACGACAAAUACAAAGAAAACGUCCCCCCCAAGAAAGUACCAGUUUUACGUAUUGACACCCGCUCUCCACCUCUCUCUGGAAAUGUAACAUUUCCUCGAUACGCAACUCGCCUACCAGGAGGCCGACCUCCAGCGCAUACUGCUGGAAGUUUGCGCGGAGCCCGCAUGACUUACCGUCCUAUUUCUAUUGAUCCGGCCUACAACGUCCUGAAGCACGAUCUUCCAGAAAGGCUAUCAGUUCAGAAUGAUACUAUACAGUCCUCCAACCCAUUCACUAGAGCGGACAUCGGUCAUUAUGGCGACCGUGACACUGAAGCAAUGGGUCAUAGUUUGGAAGAGGAACCUGCUAUUGUAGAGUUGGCAGAUACCUCCUUGUCUUGCCCAAACCAAAUUACAAUCUACCCCCCUAGCCCAGCAGCGCCGUCUUCACAGAAAGCUACACAUAGUACCGAUAGUGAGACCCGUUCUAGUCACUCGACACGUUCCACUCUAGCCGACGACGAAGUGAAAAAGGAAAAAUGCCAGACAGGCGAGGACGGCGUGUCAGAAAACUCGAAUACUGAAGCCUCUCAAGGGGAUGAAAAUCACACACCGGUUUCAGAAGAGUCUGCAGACGGCGUCUAUGAUGACCCUUUCGGGGAUCUUCAGGCAACGGAAGUCGAGGAGGCUUACAUGUCCGGCGCUUUAGCUGGUUCUACUCCGUCUUGCUCCUCCCCAGCUGCAGAUGGUGGGCUAGACGAUGCUAAUGAUAUCCAAGGGAUUGGAAAUCGAGAGUUUAUGAUUCAAGAUUACGCCUUACAAGCCUUUGAGGGGAUCGAGAUGCAGCGAAACCCGGGCUAUCGAACAUCGUCUGCGCCAUCUGUGGCGGAGCUAGUGAACAAGUUUCGACGUAUGCAACAUCUGCCUGAGGUACCAACGGACGAUUCUGAUGCCGAUACAGUGUGCUUGAUAGACAAGCUAUGCCAGCGACAGGGCUCUGGGACGUCAUAUGAAGAAGCAGAGCAGGUGUCCAGCGGCGAUGAAGGCAGCUUGACAGAUGCCUUUGGGCGGGAGAGAAGCAAUGGAACGCCACAUCCAUACGGGGCUUUUUAGGGGGCGUGCACAAUGCACGGGAGAAUAUUGUUACAGGAUAAUACGGUUCUUUGUUUAGUUGAUGAUGAGUAUGGGUAUUGAUUGUAAUUCUGUAUAAAUACAAUGGCUGUGUGCAGCCGUAGGUAGCUAUUCUACAUGAUGAUAUUGUACAAGAGGUCAUUGAGAGGUGGUGAGUAAUGUGUGACUUGAAGCGACUGAUCUCGCUAUUCCUGUUGUUGUCUAUACGAGUCCCGCUGAUGGCGUCUGUCAUUGAAGCGUUGGCCUCCUUGUUGUCGAUUAGGACGGUGAUUAUCACUGUCGUUGAUGCGAUCCUCAUGACGUCGUGCUCCACGAUGGGGGCGGCGACCCGAGUGUUCAUCCGAACGUCUGAAUUCACGGCCACCCUCUCGAUUGCUUUCAAAUCGUUGUUCAUGGCGGUGACCGUGUUCACGCUCUUUGUGGUUUUCUGGCUCGAGAGUGGCCUUGCCAGUGUCCCAGAUGAAGUCACCGCCCUGGUGGAGGAUGAGGGGUGUUGUCUUGCUUUUCUCACUGUUCUUGCCACGCUUGCCUCUACCAGCUUCAAAGGACGGAAGGUCUCCGUCGGCAUUCUCAUCAGGGAUGCUAUAGAAAGCCUGGAUCUCACGAUUGAUGCGUGCACCAACAGGUUUCAAUGGAGCCAGCUCCUCGGCAGACAGCAUGUUUUCGGAGACAACCUUGUUGUAGGCAGAGAACAUGGCGCGGGCAAGGGCAAUGACUUCGCGCUGCUCGUUGUAAAGGAUCUUUCCAGGGACAGCCGCGGUGGAAGGCAAGUUUUUGAAGUACUUGUUGUACAGGGCGCGAUAUGGCUCCCAGAGGCCGUCGAUAGCGGCGGUGAUUUGCAGUGCGUAGUCACGCUUCGCCUCGUCUUUGAGUUCGGUGUUCUUGGCGACCUUGUUGCGGAAACGGGCGUGUGAAACGAGCGCAGUGUGCAGGUAUAAGCGGAGAGUGUGGAUGUCUGGUGUGGGGAGGCGUUCGAGCAUAGAUGUGAGGAUGGAGCGGGCGUUGGGGACGACGUGGUCAUUGAUGUUGUCGCGAAUGCAGGCCUCCAUGGCAAUCUUGUACAUGCGAGGGUUGAGGUCUCCGCGGGGGAUGAUGGGCAUGAAGGAGGCGGCUUGGGACGAGGCGCGGCCGACCUUGAGCAUGCCGAGCAGGCGGAGGUAGCAAUCUGUGUCGGGGGCGACGGAGAGUGUGUCGACAAUAUGGUGCCAGUACGAGAGGCCGGCGGUGGUGAGGUUGAGGGUGGCGGCGGUCUUCAGGAUUAGCGAGAGGGUAUUCUGCGUGGGUGUUGCAAAGAGGCCCUUGUGAGAGGCGGCGCGGGCGACGGCAGCCGGCUUCUCAAAGGACUGCAGGGCUGUGUCGUCGAGGGUCUUGCGCUUUACGGGCUCGAAGCGGCGGAUGAGGUCGGCCUUGUCGGCCUUUGCGGUAAAGUUGGGAAUGUUCAUGGUCUGCUGGAUAAGAUCGAGGACGCUGAGCUUGUCCUUCUUGUCGGGCGACUGGAGCAAGAUGCGGCCCAUGGCGCAGACGAGGGCCUCGUCGAUCUGUGUCUUGCCGUUGGUCCAACCAGAGAUGACUUCGGACCAGAUGGCCUUUGCGCGGCCGACAGCAGUGGCGAUGUUGGCUGUCUUUUGGGCGGGUGCGAGGUCGUCAGCGCCGGUUAGAGCGUGGUGGCGUAGAGCGUUGAGGAUGAUUGUGUAUGUGAAUGCGUUGGGGGACCGGGCCUUGUCAUUGGCAGUGUUGAUGACGUGGAACAUGGAGUCGAUGUCGCCGGCCUUGGAGCAUACAAAGAGGAGAGCGUUCAUGUGUGUUGCGUUGGGCUGCAGACGGCGGUCUUGCAGGAGGAGGUUGUAGUGCUUGAAGGCCUCGCCGACUGCGAGCUUGGGGUGGUUGGAGUGCGCGAAGCCGUUGAAGAGGAUGGUGUAUGUCUGGGCAUUGGGGUGCUGGCCGCG